CAGUUCCGGAAGGGGCUGCACAGUGUGGCGGCGGUUUCUGUGUUGGUGAUUAGUGUUUCUUCCCUGCCGGAGCGACUGGGUAAACGGCGGCGUCAUGGUCGAGGAGGUACAGAAACAUUCUGUGCACACACUUGUGUUCAGGUCAUUGAAGAGGACCCAUGAUAUGUUUGUGGCUGAUAAUGGAAAGCCUGUGCCUUUGGAUGAGGAGAGCUUCCUGCUGCUCUCAGAGCCUUGCUGAGCUGAAAUUGUACCUGGCCAGUACCUCUACUCCCAUCUUUUCUCUCACAAACGAAAAAUGGCAAUCAAGCUGCGUAAUGAAUAUGGUCCUGUGUUGCAUAUGCCUACUUCAAAAGAAAAUUUUAAAGAGAAAGGCCCUCAGAAUGCAUCAGAUUCAUAUGGACACAAACAGUAUCCUGCCAAUCAAGGACAAGAAGUUGAAUAUUUGGUGACAGGUACACAUCCAUAUCCACCAGGACCUGGGGUUGCUUUGACAGCAGACACUAAGGUCCAGAGAAUGCCAAGUGAAUCAGCCGCACAGUCCUUAGCUGUGGCCUUACCUACUUCUCAGACCAGGGGCGAUGCAAAUCGCAGUGCACCCGCCGGAGGUGAAUACCGACAUCCUGGGGCUUCCGACCGCGCACAGCCUGCAGGGGCAGUUGUUAUGGAAGGUGGCAAUGCCAAGAACUCCGCCCUGAUGGCUAAAAAAGCCCCUACAAUGCCAAAACCCCAGUGGCACCCACCAUGGAAACUCUACCGGGUGAUCAGUGGGCAUCUUGGCUGGGUUCGAUGCAUUGCUGUGGAACCUGGAAAUCAGUGGUUUGUUACUGGAUCUGCUGACAGAACUAUAAAGAUAUGGGACUUGGCUAGUGGCAAGUUAAAACUGUCAUUAACGGGGCACAUCAGCACGGUGCGCGGUGUGAUAGUGAGCACCCGGAGCCCGUACCUCUUCUCCUGCGGGGAGGACAAACAGGUCAAAUGCUGGGAUCUUGAGUAUAACAAGGUUAUAAGGCACUACCACGGACAUCUGAGUGCAGUGUAUGGCUUGGAUUUACACCCAACAAUCGACGUGCUGGUGACCUGUAGCCGAGAUUCCACGGCACGGAUUUGGGAUGUGAGGACUAAAGCCAGUGUCCACACGUUAUCUGGACAUACUAAUGCGGUUGCUACCGUGAGGUGUCAAGCUGCAGAACCACAAAUUAUUACUGGAAGCCAUGACACUACAAUACGAUUAUGGGAUUUGGUGGCUGGAAAAACAAGAGUCACAUUAACAAAUCACAAAAAAUCAGUCAGGGCUGUGGUUUUGCAUCCAAGGCAUUACACGUUUGCAUCUGGUUCUCCAGAUAACAUAAAACAGUGGAAAUUCCCCGAUGGAAGUUUCAUUCAAAAUCUUUCUGGUCAUAAUGCUAUUAUUAACACAUUGACAGUAAAUUCUGAUGGGGUGCUUGUAUCUGGAGCUGACAAUGGCACUAUGCAUCUCUGGGACUGGAGAACUGGCUACAAUUUCCAGAGAGUUCAUGCCGCAGUGCAGCCUGGGUCCUUGGACAGUGAAUCAGGAAUAUUUGCUUGUGCUUUUGAUCAGUCUGAGAGUCGGUUACUAACAGCUGAAGCUGAUAAAACCAUCAAAGUGUACAGAGAGGAUGAUACAGCAACAGAAGAAACUCAUCCAGUCAGCUGGAAGCCAGAAAUUAUCAAGAGAAAGAGAUUUUAAUGUGGCAGUGUCUUCAUGGUGGUUCCAGUUUUGUUUGUUUGUUUUUGGUUUUUUUAGCUUGGCAUUGAUGAGACCAUCCAGUCAUUGUGCUCUGGCUAGGAAUAUAAAGCAAAACUCAGAUGCUUGAAUCAUUGCUUCUUCAUAUUUUACAAUAAACUGUCCUCUCCCCGUGUUUUUAUUUCUAAAAUAAACAAUUUGAGAUCCUAGGAGGUAAGAUGCAGAUGUCAAGCAUACGCAGGUUUUUGAGCAUAACUAUUCUAAAGACAGAAUAUUUUGUCACCUUUAUUAAAACAUACCUUUUUGUUUUUCAACUUACGAAACUGCUAACUCUAGUAGGACGUGUUUUGAAGGGAGCAAUCUUUUUUUAAUCCUUUAAAAACUAGUAUCUGACUGAUAAUUUGGGAUUAAAGGAUUGAAGACUUAAAUUACAUAUGUUUAUUCCACAGGCAGUUUUUGAGUGUGCAUUCUGCACAGUUCUGCACUAGAUAAUGUUCAGGAAAUAGACAAGCGAGAUGAGUCUGUCCUUUAAGACUUCCACUUGAGUGGCUUAUUACAGAAAUGCUGUCAUAGAGGUACCAGCGAAAAGCUGGGGUCACACAGAGGAAAAGACCAUUCAUUUUCCCCGGGACGGAUUCUGGAAGACCUAAGAGUCGGUGGUGGUUGAGCUGAGACUUGAGAGGUCAGAGGAGGGAAUGGGUGUUCUAAAAUGAGGCGUGAAGUGGGUGAAACCAGACGUGGGACGAGUGUGUGUUCCAGGAGUCCAGGAGCAAAGACGUGUCUGCCGCAGUCGACGCAGUCGGUGAUGGGGAAAGCUCGUGUUUUGAGUUGCAGUUUUAUGCCACAAGCAGUAGUUAUCAGUAUAGGUAUCAAACCCUGGGGAAAUAGCUGGAGCCACCAGUGGAGACACCUGAAGCCGUAGCAAGGCCUGCGGUCUUUUGCAAAGACUUUAUAGAAAAGUGUUAACGUUUCUGAUGCCUACGCCUCUUUCUGCUUUGUAGACCUUGUCUUUAAGGAUCCCAAUUCCCUAAUCAGUCAAGAAAAUUUGUCACACUUCACUUUCUGUAGUUAGAAAAAACAAUUACAGGAACAGGCGGUUUAAAAUUUUGGUUUCAAAUCUUAAAAUUAGACCCUAAUUUUGAAUAAGCAUUUCCAAAUUAUGCAUACCCCGUCUUGCAUGCCAUAGGUGGGAGUGUAGGUACUACAGCCUUUAGGAGGGUAGCUUCCCAGAGUAUGCUGAAAAUGUUUGGACUCUUUGGCUUCAUUAGGAAGGAAGUUACUAGAAAACUGCCUGUUAGGAGCAAUCUGCCAAGUAUACACAAUCAAGUUCAUUGUACCUUUAUUUUUUAAUUAAAACCAGCCCAGAUGUCUUAUCAGUAAGGGCCUAGUAUAAUAAAUUAUGGUAUCCUCAUGCAGUUUCUCUCCAUUAAGAAUGAGAAAUGUUUCUGGAAUAAUAAGAUGUCCAAAAUCUGCUCUUAGAUAAAAAAGGAAGUUGUGCAAGCUUUUUUUUUUUGGUGAAACAACUUGUUAAUGUUCUAAAUAAUAAUGGAGAAGUAACAGCACAUUGUUACCAGUAGUUUUGUGAGGGAGUGGAAUUAUGGGAGAACUUUCAUGAUCGGCUUUAUAUAUUUCUAUAAUGUUUUAAUUUUCUAUAAGCAUGUAUUUUGUAAACUUAAAUAAAGAAAAAAAUACCACUACA